GCCCUCCGCCUUUCCCCAUUUCCCAUUUCCACCACCACACCAAACCUACCUGUCCUCUCCUUACCUCUCCAAAUAACAAAAACCCACCAAACCGAGGAAAAAAAAUAUAUUACAAAAAUUAUUAAAUCAAUAAAAGAAAUAUUUUUCUUUUCUUUCAUCUCGUUCUCGCCGUUAACUUUGCUUCCAAUUAAGCCUCGCUUAAACCCAUAUUCUGGGUCUGAACUUCCACGAUCAAUUUGAAUUCUGUACAGAAAAGAAACAGGAAAAGAAAGGAAAAAAAAAAAAAAAACAAUUCAAAUGCAGGUUUCGGCAAGUGGGUCGAUGUCGACGGUGUCGAAUGACGACAAUUUGGUCCUCUCCUCCGAGGACUCGUCGAGCCCGGACGAGUUCGAGCUCGAGCUGGGUCUUGGCUUGAGCCUCGGCUCUGGCGUUGCCAAGGCCCGGCACCAAGCUUUGCGGAGUCAGUACGCUAGAAUUUUGACGGCCAAGGAUUUCCCUUCCGUGGUUUCUUCUGCUUCGUCUUCUUCGUUAUCGUCUUCGUCGUCUUCUUCUUCUUCAUCGUCUUCUUCUUCGUCUCUGAGCAGAGCUAACGUCACGGCUGGUACGAAGAGAAGUGCUGAUUCCGUGGCCGUCGCUAAUGGCGCCAGUCAGGUGGUGGGAUGGCCUCCUAUCAGAGCUUACAGAAUGAAUAGCUUGGUUAACCAUGCGAAAUCGCCGGCCACCGAAGCAUUCCACUCGGGCGAGGAAGAAAAUAGAUGCAUUAGGAAGGCUGACAAUGGGGAUGGGAAGAAGAAUGGGAAUCCUAAUGAUAAAGGGCAUGUGAGGAGUUCUCUGUUUGUGAAGGUGAACAUGGAUGGAAUUCCAAUUGGGAGAAAGGUGGAUCUGACGGCUCACAAGAGCUAUGAAGCCUUAGCUCGGACAUUGGAGAACAUGUUCAACGAACCCACUACACUCGUCAAACUGAGAUUGAGCGGAAAGGAUGGACCUUCAAGGCUGCUGGAUGGAUCAUCAGAAUUUGUGCUCACUUAUGAAGACAAAGACGGGGAUUGGAUGCUUGUUGGGGAUGUUCCUUGGGGGAUGUUCCUUAGCUCCGUCAAGAGGCUCAGAAUUAUGAGGACUUCUGAGGCCAAUGGACUUUCUCCAAGACUACAAGAAAGGAACGGGAGGCAAAAAUGCCAACCAAUCUAGAGCCUUUACUCACACCUCAAGAUGAGACACAGUCUAUGCUUAAAAGUGCUAUACAAGGAAGAUAAAGAGAUACCUUAGAAGUGAAGAAUUUGGAGAAGUGAUGAUUGGUGUUGCGGCUCUUCUGUUAUGGUUUGGUUAAUGCUUUAUCAAAUUUCAUUGCAUUUUAUUCUUCCUACUGUUUCUCUGGGCAUUUCCUCCCUGCUCUUUGAAAUCCAGUGAUGUUAGUUUUCGGUGCAAUA